AUGUUGGAAAGUCGGUUUUCUCUCUUUUGGUUACUUUUCUUCAUUGAUAUUUCUAUUCAGCAUUCCAUCAUGAAACCAAAAGAAAAUUAUAACAGUAUAUCCGAGGUGAGAACAGUUCACAUUUCAUUUGGUAACAAAACAAACCAAAUUUGUAUUUUAUGGUGCUCUACAAACCUUGACUACGAUAAAAACAUUCCACCUCGUGUUAGAUAUGGAUUUACAAAAAGUCUUCUCUCUCAGAUUUCUAUCGGUAAAACAGUUCAGUUCAACUCCGCAAAGAAAAGAUUUUUUCACCGAGUUGUUUUGUCUAACCUUCUACCCGAGAACACAUAUUACUAUCAGAUCAUACGCCAAAAUAAAUCUAAUUCAUACCUUGAUCCAAUCGAAUCGUUCACAGUACCGCAAUCGCCUACAUCAAGUAGUAUUACACAAUCUUUUCUUGUAAUCGCUGACAUGGGUAUGCGUUCGGGGGGCAUACCGUAUGUUGUCCAAGAAUCAAUAAACAACAGGUACACUUCGAUUUUUCACAUUGGGGACAUUGCUUAUAACCUAGCAUCAAAUGAUGGCAUCGUUGGAGACAUAUUUUUAUCUAAACUUAAAAAUAUGGUCUCUCGAAUCCCUUACCUCACUGUACCGGGCGAUCAUGAAUCAUUUGACAAUUAUGAACAUUAUCGACAUCGAUUUUCGGUUCCGAACCAAAAUUGGCCAGCAAUAAGUAAUCAACUCUGGUACAGUUUAGAUAUUGGUGUUGUUCAUGUAAUUUCUUUAGUAACAGAACAUUUUAUAAAAAAUGAUCUUGCAAUGAAUGACCAACUAGAUUGGCUGAAAAAUGAUUUGAUUAAAGCGAAUGCAAAUCGGGAACAAGUACCUUGGAUCUUCGUUCUUGCGCAUAGACCUCUGUAUUGCUCUGUUGAGAAUUUGAUGGAAGAUUGUGCUUCAGACAAUUCAAAAGUUCGGGCCGUUCUUGAAAAGAUUUUAUUUACAUAUGGAGUUGAUCUCAUCCUCAGUGGACAUGAACAUUGUUAUGAAAGAACGUGGCCUAUUUAUCAAAAACGAGUUCUGGCUUAUAAUUAUAAAGACGCUCCAGGUCCUGUUCAUAUUGUAAUAGGAACAUUUGGUUAUAACUAUAUCGUUGAUUCUAUUUCAUCAUUUCGUGAACAUUGGUCAGCUUUUGCAACCACACACCAUAAAAAAGAAGCAUUUGGUCGUUUGAACGUUUUCAACAAGAGUCAUGUCUUCUGGGAAGUCUUUUAUGUUAAUAAUAAUCAGCUAAUGGACCGAAUGUGGUUGAUAAAAUCAAAACACGGUCCAUAUAGUUUGAAAGGUAUAUUUCCAGAUAAAUCAGUGUAUGCUGCCAGGCAUAUGAGUUUAGACGAACUGAAAAAUCUUUCUCAAACUGGAGUAUAUUCAGAGAAAGUUCGUACUUACAUUUUGUACAUAUUCAUGGCAUCUGGCUUCCUGCUUCUAUACCUCACAAAGAAGCAAAUAUAUGUAUUUUGCACGAAAAAAUUAGCAAACCGCAUAUAA